CGCGAUUUUACCUGAUUCCCUUGAAGGCACCAUGAGUUGUGACUGGAGUGUGUGUGUGUGAUAGUCGAUCCCGGGACAAGCGUCACGCGUGUGUAACCUUUUUUCCACGGACAUCUCCGGAAGCUCAAGGAAGAUCUUCAGCUGGCAUCGCCAGGCAGACAACCUUCGAUUUUUAUGUCCGGAUUGCAUUGGUGAAUCGAGCUCUUUGGCAGGCCGCUCUUUGUAUUCCGAGGUAGCGAAGAAACAAGCAGCAGGUGCAUGUUGUGAAUGGCUGGAAAAGUCAAACUUAAAAGUUCUCGCCAUAUGGCAGCCAGAAUGGCGGACUGGGAAUCUGCGAAGCCAACAAGUGAGCGAUUUUCUUGAGCGCGGCGAAGAAAGAAAGAAAACGAUAAAUGCCUUAAGGAAAAGCAAUUUUCCAACGUGUCCCGUUGUCAAGAAUAGCGUGCAGCGUAUAGAGACCUCCAGGUCGAGCGAAAAAAAAAUCAAACACCUGAAACUCAACGUGCAGCUUUUGAUCGAACGCGGCCUGUAAAUGAAUAAAUACACCGUUGGGCAAAGAAGGCAGAAAGGAACAGAAGCGAGGAAAGGAGAAAACAUGGAGAAGAACAAGACGAACUCCAGAGGCGACACAGCCAAAGACAGAGUGAACAGGGUGGAUCCAUAUGGCUUUGAACGCCCAGAAGACUUUGACUACGAGUCGUAUGAAGAGCUGAUGACCGAGUAUCUCGUUGUGCUCACUCAAAGGUCCAUCAAGUGGUCCAAACUACUGAAGAGCAAACGCAAGGUGCAGCGGAAUGUGAAACUAAAGCGUUACAUACGUAAGGGGGUGCCCAAUGAGCACCGGGCUCUGGUUUGGAUGGCGGCGAGCGGCGCUCAAGAGCAGUUAGAAAAAAACCCAGGCUACUACCAGGCCCUGCUUGGAGCUCAGCACGACCCCAAACUGGUGGAGACCAUCUGCACAGACUUGAACCGGACAUUUCCAGACAAUGUGCAAUUUCGAAAGACGUCUAACCCGUGUCUGCAGAAAGCUUUGUACAACGUGCUGCUGGCUUACGGUCACCACAAUGCCGCUGUGGGUUAUUGUCAGGGCAUGAAUUUUAUAGCUGGCUAUCUGCUUAUCGUAACAAAAGAUGAAGAGAAGUCUUUCUGGCUGAUGGACGCACUCCUUGGCAGAAUCUUACCAGACUACUACAGUCCGGCCAUGCUUGGCUUGAAGACGGACCAGGAGGUUUUGGGGGAGUUAGUUAGAGUCAAGUCCCCCCGAGUGUGGAAGGCCAUGAUGGAUCACAACGUCAUGUGGACUCUUGUGGUGUCCCGAUGGUUCAUCUGUCUCUUCAUAGACAUUCUGCCUGUGGAGACAGUUCUACGAAUUUGGGAUUGCCUGUUCUACGAGGGCUCGAAAAUCCUGUUCCGUGUUGCGCUGACACUGAUUCAUCACUACAGAGAUUUAAUCGAACAAGCUCAGUCCCUGCCAGACAUAUGCCAAAUCUUCAAACAGAUCACACGUGGGGCAUUUGUGGAAGAAUGCCACCCUUUCAUGCAGAAAAUCUUUACUGAGCCCGGAAGUCUAUCCAUUGCAACGUUGACGAAGCUCAGAGCAGCGUGUCGAGCAAGAGUCAUCGCCGAGGCGGCCGAAUGAAUUAGUUUUGCUCUGAAAAUUCCACUGGAAGAAGGACCAAAGAACUUGCUAUGGCUUGACCUACAUGUAUUGAUUUCAUCUUAAACGUCAUUUCAGUUCCAACAUAGAUGUAUUUAAAAAAAAUAUUUACAGCAUCAUGAAAGUCACACACCUUUUUUUGGAUUAUACUUG